UCCCAAUCACGCACGUACCGGUAGUACCUACUCACAAACGGACGUCAGCUGGGAGGAGAACAAAAGCAGUUUGUCCAUAGAUUUUUCCCAUCGGCGGAAAUAUUAAUACUACAGCAAUACUACCAACGAACCAACAAAAACAAUCCCCCGAUUUCUUCCAAACCCCCAGCGGUUAUUACUAAGAAAUAAAAUCCCCCCUCCAUUCAUUCAUACACACACUCGCCGUUUUCUUCGUUGACAGAAGGAAUCUCGUCUUUACUCUUCACUGCCUUUUCGUUUCAUUCCUCCCAACUUUUCUCUCUUCGCGGCUCUAAUUUCAUCGUUUUUACCGUGUGUGAAAUGGCAGCGACAUCAGCAACCACCCUCUCAAUUGGAUCAACCGCUUAUCUUGGUCCCAAAAGCAGCUCAGUUUCAAAUGCAAAGCCUUUUGGUGUAAGAUUCAAUUCUUCCAGCUACCUUAGAAGUUUCAGUGGCCUCAAGGCAGCCUCCUCUGUUAGCUGCGAAUCAGAUUCCUCUUUUUUCGGGAGGGAAAGCUGUGCAGCAAUUCGACAAUCUUUUUCCACAAGGGCCCAAAAGCAGGAGAGGGAUUCAUGGAACUAUGUUCAGCCUCAGGCUUCUUACAAAGUUGCAGUUCUGGGGGCUGCUGGUGGUAUAGGCCAGCCACUUGCACUUCUGAUCAAGAUGUCACCAUUAGUGUCAGCUCUAAACCUUUAUGAUAUUGCAAAUGUCAAAGGCGUUGCCGCUGAUCUUAGUCACUGCAACACUCCAGCCCAAGUUUCAGAUUUCACCGGUGACAAGGAGCUCGCUAGCUGCUUGAAAGAUGUUAAUGUUGUGGUAAUACCUGCCGGUGUUCCCAGAAAGCCUGGAAUGACCCGUGAUGACUUGUUCAACAUCAAUGCCAGUAUAGUCAAGAGCUUAGUGGAGGCUGUUGCUGAUAAUUGCCCGGAUGCUUUCAUUCACAUCAUCAGUAAUCCAGUGAACUCCACAGUGCCAAUUGCAGCUGAAGUUCUGAAGCAAAAAGGAGUAUAUAAUCCUAAGAAACUCUUUGGUGUUACCACCCUUGACGUUGUCCGGGCAAAUACUUUUGUUGCACAACAGAAAAAACUGAGGCUAAUUGAUGUUGAUGUACCUGUUGUUGGAGGGCAUGCAGGGAUUACAAUUUUGCCACUCUUGUCAAAGACAAAACCCUCUGUCACUUUCACAGAUGAAGAAGUACAAGAAUUGACAGUAAGAAUUCAGAAUGCUGGUACCGAGGUGGUUGAGGCAAAAGCUGGUGCAGGUUCUGCCACAUUGUCCAUGGCAUAUGCUGCAGCAAGAUUUGUCGAGUCCUCUCUCCGUGCUCUUGAUGGUGACAGUGAUGUGUACGAGUGUUCUUAUGUCCAGUCAGAUGUGACUGAACUUCCAUUCUUCGCAUCAAGGAUUAAAAUUGGAAAAGAUGGGGUCGAGGCUGUGAUUAAGUCUGACCUGCAGGGAUUGACUGAAUAUGAAGAAAAAGCUUUGGAAGCCCUCAAGCCAGAGCUCAAGGCCAGCAUCGAAAAGGGGAUCAAUUUUGUUCACAAGCAACCUGUAGCUGCAUAGAACACUACGAGUCUUGCAGCAUUUAGAAGAUGAAUAAAGUAGUUUCCAUUCACAGAUUCGUUGAUGCGAGCAACAUCUUCAGAUCUUUUAGGUGACUUGCAGCAAAAGGCUUCCUGCUGGCUUUGUUUUGAAGUACUUUUGUAGUAAUCAAAUGAGCAUACUAAUUGUAGAAUUUUGUUUUGUCCCCAUAUGCGGCUUGCGAUAGUGCGAAAUAACAUUAGUGGGGCAGUCUAGCUCCAUGAGUUUCUCCUUAAUGAAUUUGUUUUGUUGCUUCGUCAUGAGUUUGCUUAUACAGAUAUUUGACUGGAGGUUCUGCUAUUCACUACAUAACUGUCAUUGUGCUGCUGAAUAGUAUGCUUGCAGAUGGAAAUGUUUCAAAAACUUGUUAAUACCUAUGUGCUUCAUAAUUAUGAAUGGAGAUGGAGUUGCCCAGACAAAUAGAAGAAUAUUCUAGAUUCCUAAAAUGUUCUUGUUAGUGUACUACAGUAUAUGCAGCUUGUUAGAUUUGAUGAUUGUUAUUUGACACUUAAACAACAGGGAAGCCAGUAUUUUUGGUUCGUCUUACUGCCACCUACUGAAUGACACGUACAACAUGAUCGCAAGAAAUCGGUCCCUGCUACUUCUCUCUUGCAUCAUAUACUUUGGCUCGACACAGUAAGGUGUUCCAAAAAAAAACCACCACUGCUACCAAUUAACUUCACAGGAGCAGCCCCCUCCUACGAAAUGAUGAAAACGAUUGCAAUCUCUGAUAAUCACGUGUCGAUUAUAAACCGCAGAAACCAUUUUGGCAAAGUUGUGACAGUCGAGACAUAUUCGUUGGUCUUUCGCGACGUGUAUCCUUGUUCCUGGUGGAGUUACAAGUAUCCCGAAAGCGAUUGCCAAUUUCUCACUGUGGUAAGAUAGUCUGGUUCUUCGUUUUUCCUCACCGUCACCACCAGUAUGAUCGUGGAACUCAGGUGUAAUUUCAGCAACAUAACCAGCUAUUUUCAGUUGAUGAUUGAUCUCAUCAAGUGUUGCAUAGAUUUCUUUCUUCAUAGGAUGUGAAACAUCAUCAGCUACAAACUCGUGUACUUUGCCUUUAUAUUCAAUGGUACUGCAAGCAGGGUUACUGUGGAUUCCUUUUUCCUUCAUCAACUUCCGCACUUCUUCAACCUUCUCAAAAUUAUUGAGCGAAGAGUAAAUAUUCAGCAAUAGUACAUAAUCCCCAGUUUCUUCAGCCUUCAUUUCAAUCAAAUGUUCUACAAUUUUCCCUCCGAGGACAGCAUGUCUAUAAUGUCUACAUGCGCCAAGAAGAGUCCUCCAUAUUGCUGCAUCUGGCUUGAGCCUCAUCGAGCAUAUAACCUCAUAUGCUUCGUCAAGCAGCCCAGCUCGACUCAGCAUAUCUACGAUACAACCAUAAUGAUAAAUAUUAGGCACAAUGCCAAGCUCUUGCGUCAUGAUAUCAAAAAAGAUCCGACCCUCGUCAACAAGCCCUGAACGACUACAACCUGAAAGAACUGCCGUACAGGUUUGUUCAUCAGGAGCAAUGCCACACCUCUGCAUCUCUUUAAAUGCCUCAAUUGCCUGUCUUCCGUAGCCAUGACUCGCCAAACCCGAAAUCAUGGCACUCCACGUCACGACAUCCUUAUCAGGAGAGCCUACAAAAACUUCAUAAGCCUUGUCAACCCUUCCACACUUAGAAUACAUAUUUACUAGCGAGUUCCGAAUUUUUUUAGAAUCAUCAAAACCAUGUUGCUUUAUAAACUCAUGAACCUUCUCGCCAAAUUCUAAAGCAUUCAAUUUUCCACAAGCCUCGAGUAGAAGCAAACAACUAAUGUCAUCAGGUUGGAACCCAGGCGAAUGUUCCAUGAUAUCGAACGCAGUCAAAGCAUCCCUAGACCGCUUAUUACGCAAAAAGCAAGAAAGCAGGACAUUCCAAGCAGUAGUGUCUCUGUUGGACAUUUCAUCAAACACUACACAUGUUUCAAAACCUUUCCCAUUGAAAGAGUAAAAUUCCAUCAAAGUAGUCAUCAAGAUGCUAUCGCCGUUAUACCCAUCUUUUAGAAUCGUGCAGUGUAACUGCAACCCACCAGAAAAAGACCCCAUCUUUAUACAACAUUUUAGAGCGGAUAACAAACAAAAUCCGUCUGAAGGAAAGCCCAAUUGACGCAUCUCUUUAUAAAACUGAAAUCCUAAUAAUACUGAAUCACGCUCACUUAACGAGUGAGCUCUAAUCAUUACUCCGUAUAAGGAAACAUUGGGUUCCGGAUACUGUUGGAAGAUUCUAUGGCCAUAUUGCAAGUCCUUCAAUGGAGGGAGGGAAAUGCGAGAGAGGAAAUGAAGGAAGAUUUUCGUGUUGAGGAGAUGAGACGUGCGAAUAAGGUGGGUAUGAAUUUGUAGCAAAUGAGAUUUCCGAGUGGAGGAUUUUAUCAGAGAAAUCAAUUCGUUCUCUGCGUCCCUUUCAGGGUUCGGGUUGAGGUGAUGACCCGGAAAUUGCUGCUUCCGGUGGUUAUUGUGGGAUUGGGGGGAUGCAGAUGCUGAUUCUGCAGAAAAGUAGCGGGUGAAGCGGCGGUGACGGACAACGCCGGGGUAACGCAUUCUCAAGUGGCAGUGGUUUUCUGGUGGAAGAAAAACUAAAGGCGUUAUUAUUUCAG